GUGAGCAGACCGAGUAGACCUGGAGCGAGAGCUCGUGUGAAUCCGACUCUGUUCGUUAGCUGUUCGUUUAUCUUCGUACACCAUUCGGCAUGUUCCGCCCACACCUCGGAUUCUGUCGAUCGUGAAUUAGGGCUGUAUUUCGUCCCCCUCUAUCUCUGUGUUGUUGUCCUCGGUGACGCGACGGAGGUGUAGCCUGACGCGGUCUCUUACGUGUCGGACUAAAUAAAAGUGGAGCUCCGGAGGCCUGGGAGUGACGAGGCGAGUCUGUGUCGGGCUAUCUAAAUGACCAUGGAGGCAGGAGCAGAUGUCCAGCAGGGCGGUGACACUGCGGUCUCAGAGACAGACACUCAGCAGAUUGCCACUUUGGCACAGGUUUCGAUGGCUGCAGCACAGGCAUCAGCUACUGCGCCCACAGUGACCUUAGUUCAGCUGCCCAAUGGGCAAACAGUGCAAGUUCACGGGGUCAUCCAGGCAGCCCAGCCCUCUGUCAUACAAUCCCCACAGGUGCAAACUGUACAAAUUUCAACCAUUGCUGAGAGUGAUGAUUCUCAGGAGUCAGUGGACAGUGUGACAGAUUCCCAGAAGAGGAGAGAGAUCCUGUCUAGACGGCCAUCAUACAGAAAGAUCCUGAACGACCUUUCAUCCGAUGCUCCAGCGGUCCCGCGGAUAGAAGAAGAGAAAUCAGAAGAGGAUUCCACUCCAGCCAUAACAACCGUUACCGUGCCAACGCCUAUCUAUCAGACAAGUAGUGGGCAGUACAUUGCUAUUACUCAGGGUGGAGCGAUACAGUUAGCCAAUAAUGGAACAGAUGGAGUUCAAGGGCUACAAACCCUGACCAUGACGAACGCAGCAGGCGCUCAGCCCGGCACCACCAUCCUGCAAUAUGCACAGACCAGCGACGGACAGCAGAUACUGGUGCCCAGUAAUCAAGUAGUUGUGCAAGCGGCCUCAGGAGACGUUCAGGCAUAUCAGAUCCGCACCGCAGCUGCUAGCACCAUUGCUCCAGGUGUGGUCAUGGCUUCGUCUCCUGCACUGCCCAGUCAGGGAGGAGCUGAGGAGGCCACUCGCAAGCGGGAGGUUCGGCUAAUGAAGAACAGGGAGGCAGCACGGGAGUGCCGCAGGAAAAAGAAAGAGUACGUUAAAUGUCUGGAAAACAGAGUGGCCGUGUUGGAGAAUCAGAACAAAACGCUCAUCGAGGAGCUCAAAGCGCUUAAGGACCUUUAUUGUCACAAAUCUGAAUAAUUGGCCUCACGCAUACGUGCUGAACGGAUCUCUUCUGGUGCCUCAAGAGACAGAGACUCUAAACAUACUACAGGCACCUGCACAGCAUCUCUGUCUUUUUCAUUUCAUUUUUUUGAAAUAUUCUCUUCUGUAAAAAUCCAGUUAUCAGGAAUACAUUGUAAGUUUGUAAGUGUAAACUUUUUAUUUCCCUUUUCUCUUCAAAAGAAAGAGAGUCGGUUUCAGAGAAAAAAAUGAAAUGCAGGGUACAGUUUCGUUAUUGAACAUGUUGCCCUACUUGAGGAGCGUUGUGAACCAUAAAGAGCACCUUUCAGCUGCAGCCGUGACAGGGAAUGAAUGUUUGUGUGGGUUUAUCAUGAAAACAGCCCAGGGUGCUGCUUCUGAGACCUGCUCCUGUCACUCUGAGGUUCCCAUUUGAAAGACUUUCCCACAAUGCACCAGUCGUGGAUGGCGCUGCUUGCGAGCAUGAUUAAAGAGGGAUGGAUUUUUCACUUUUGCAGCAUGGGUCUUUAAUGAUUGAGAUUAAAUCAGCUGUGCCCUC